AUGGCUGACAGCUUGGAAUUGAGACGAUCUGAUAGACUCAAAGACUUGGAUCCAGUUGAUUACGACGAGGGCAGCGUCAGUGGCUCCCAGCCCGAGUCCGAACCCAAGCCUGCGUAUGGGAAACGGAAAAGGGAAAUAUCAGACGACGGAAGCGAUUAUAGGCCGUCUAGGGAAGGCACGCCGGUCAAUGACACUCCGAAGACUCCAAAACGGAGAGUGAGUCGCAAGUCCGGCAUUACAAACGGUGCACGACAGCGAGCGGUCAAGGCGUCUCGGAACGGAGGUGCCUGUAUUAUAUCAGGCUUAAAGGACAAGUCAGUGCAACAGUGCCAUGUCUUGCCACGCGCCACAGACGCGCGUAUCCUCACGUCCCUGGAGUGGUGGUGGGGCAUCAAAAAAGAAGGCCUCAAUGUAGAUUCUAGCCGCAAUAUGGUUUUCCUUCGUGGCGACCUCCAUGUAUUGUGGGAUCGUGGAGACAUCCUUAUUGCUCCGAUGCCCGACGUGGUGAACAAAUAUAUGGACAAGUACAAGGAUGGUGAAAGACACGACAUCUUGGAGGUCAUCGGCAAGAAGAAGAUCCACAGCGUGCAAUCCGCCAAGGGUUCACCAACGGGUUCCACAAGCUCAAAUUCGUGCCGAGAGCUGUGGGUGAAGGGCCUGGAGGAAUUCUACGAAAGAAUUCACCUCAAAAUCGACGCAUCCCGCUUUGUGGAAAACAUCUUGAGAGUGAACGCGAUGUGGACUGCGCCACCACCGGGAGAGGCACAAUUGGUAAGGAAACAGAAGCUUCCUAUGAACAUUCCGACAGGCGUACCAAGGACGCCUGAACGGCCCAAGGACCGCAAACCGGAGGCCUGCAAGUCCAACGGUGAACAGCGCGUUAACACCCUCAAGUCGCAAGUCGCCCAAUUGGCUCCUACUGGAUCACGGUGCUUGUUGACCAAUCAAGAGGACAGGUCGGUUCAGGGAUGUCACGUUGUUCCGCGAAGAACCGACAACCGUUUGCGUAAGCGGCUGGCGGCAUGGUGGGGGCUUAAGGAUUUCGACAUCGACACGCCUUUCAACCUCUUCUUGCUAAGGGCUGAUAUCCACUCCUUGUGGGACAAAGGACAUAUCAUAUUCGUGCCUGAACCUCAAAUCCUCGACGAGUAUCGCGCACAAUCUAGAUUUCCCAUCGUUGUAGGGGCGCCGCUGGACAAACCAUUUAGAGUGUGCAAUGGCCCCCUUUACAAAUAUUGCGUCAUCGCACAUCGCGGCCUUCCCCGCUCAGAAGAAGACAGUGAUUUUCCGAGGGCCCUCGACACCGUGGGCUGCGUGGUAUCCCGCGUUCCUCCUCAAUUCGUCACAUACAACGCCGGUCUGGCGCUAUCGAAGGGUGACGGACCAGAAGGCUUUGAACCAGCUCUAGACGCCUUCUACAAGGAGCACAAUAUCCAAUAUGAAGCGAUCAACGUACUCGCUGAUAUGAAAGGCUUCUUCGACCUAUGGUCAACAGACACAGACGACGCUGCGGAAGAAGCCUUUUGGUUGGACUAG